AUGCGUUUCUCUAAAAUUAUCCUGUCCUCGACAGCAGCAUCGCUCGCCGCGGCCGCACCAUUCUCAUUCCCUCUCCCAAAUGGCUUCCCUAAUCUGAACUCGACUGCAUUGCAGGAAGUCUUCAAAGUCGCUGGUGGCACCACCCCGAACUCAGGAGCCCCAACAAGCUUGACAGCUGGAGCAGUUCAAGCUUUACAACUCAUUGCUGCAAACGAGAUCUUCGAAGUCGCGUACUUUACCGAGCUAGUCCACAACAUCACAUCCGGGGUGCCAGGAUAUAAGUGUGGCAGAACAGCACUUGAGACCUUGAAAGCUGUCGUUGCUCAAGAACAGCUCCACCUCCUCGCCGCAAACGGUGUUCUCGCCAAUUCCAAGGCCGAGACAAUCCAGCCCUGCCAAUACUCCUUCCCAGUCACCAAUUUCGACGACGCCAUCGCACUCGCACAAACCUUCACAGAAGUCGUACUUGGAGUCCUCCCUGCCGCUCAAAGUAUCUUCGCUGCAGACGGCGGAGAUGAGGCUGGCUUGAUCCCAGUCGUCGGAUCCAUUAUCGCGCAGGAGGGUGAACAGACCGGAUACUACAGAUCGAUCCAAGGAAAGGUUGCUUCUUCGGCACCUUUCCUCACUGGUGGUGCACCGCAGUUUGCAUUCACGGCUGUUGCACAGUUCAUUGUUCCUGGAUCCUGUCCAAAUAUUGAUGUUAUUGGGUUGACUGCUUUCCCGGCUUUGACUCUGACUUCAACACCGGAAGCUAAGAACAGCACUCAAAAUUUUGCUAUUGAGGGAGGGUAUAUCACUGAAGGUAGUGCGUCAAUUGCGUAUAUCUCUGGACAGAACUUACCUGUCGUGGUUCCGAUCUCGAAUAUCAACACCGAAAAUGGUAUGACAACAUUCUGUGCGGAAUUCCCGUAUGAAGCUGGGUUUGCCAGAGGAUUGACAAUUGGUGCUCUUGUUAAGGGGUCUGGUCCUUUUAAUUCCACUUCUGAUGUUGCUGCGGCGACUUUGAAUGGACCAGCUUUGAUUGAGGUUGACUAG